AUGGAGUUUGAUGACAUGGAAAUUCAGGAAGGAGAGAACAGUGAGUGCAGUGAUGAAGAUGGUGAAACAGAUGAAGAUGAGAUGGAUGAUGAAUCAAGUGGAGAGGAAGAUGAGAUGGAUGAUGAAUCAAGUGGAGAGGAAGAUGAGAUGGAGGAUCUUGAAGAUGGUUUAGACGUAAGCUCCAAGCUUGGGCAAACUUUUGGCUCUGUCAAGGAAGCAAGGGAUGUUGUCAAUCUCUACGGAAUAGAAGGUGGAUAUAGGUUGAGGUUUGUCAAGAAUGAGAGUUCAAGGCUGAGGGUUGUUUGUCUGAAUUCAAAGAGCUGCCCUUUUCUGUUCUAUUGCUCAAAGAUAGGCAAUGAUGGAGGCAUGGCUGUGAAGACAUUGAUCUUGGAGCACAGUUGUUACAAGCAGUGGACUGUGCCAAGUAUGACACAAACUUGGCUUGCAAACCACUUCAAAAGCAGAGUAUACAAGGAUACUAAGUUCACUGCAAAGCAGAUGCAAGAAGAUAUCAAGAUCAAUUUCAAGCUUCAUGUUUCCUUGUUCAAGUGCAAGAGAGCAAGAAAAUUGAUCAUGACAGAGCUUAAUGGAAGUGUCAUCAAUGAAUUCAAGAUGUUAGAAGCAUAUAUUCAGAUUUUGAAAGAGAAGAAUCCUGGAUCAAGGUGUGAGUUACAACUUUCUAAAGAAGCCGCGGAAAGGGGUGCAAGAGUUUUUAGGAGAUUGUUUGUCAUGUUGGAUGCAUGCAAACGGAACUGGUUAAUAGGUUGUAGACCUAUUAUUUGCCUAGAUGGAUGCCAUCUGAAGAGCCUUUCCGGGGGUGUAUUAUUGACGGCAGUUGGGAAGGAUGCAAACGACCAAAUCAUGCCAUUAGCAUGGGCGGUUGUGAGCAAGGAAAACAAGGUUAAUUGGACAUGGUUUAUGUCAUUGAUGAAAGCUGAGUUGGAAUUGAAGGAUGGUGAAAGUGUUACCAUUAUUUCAGAUAUGCAAAAGGGUCUUAUAAAUGUCGUGGAGCUCAUACUUCCGCAAGCGGAGCAUAGAUGGUGUGCUAGACACAUCUAUGCGAAUUGGUCGAAGAAUUGGAGAGGCCCCGAGUUGAAGAAGCGUUUUUGGAUCUGUGCUUGGAGUUCUUACGAGGAAGAGUUCAAGGAGAACUUGACUAAGCUUGGGGAGAUCAAGAAGAAAGCUGCAGAUGAGCUUAUGAGUUUGUUAGAAGCUAGGAGCAAACCAAUCGUGAGCAUGUUAGAGGAUAUACGAGUCUUGGUGAUGAAUAGGUUUAGGGAUAGAAAGAGGAUGUCGAUGACUUGGAAGAGAGAGUGGUCCCCUGCUGCCAUGAAGGUGUUCAUGGCAGCUAGGGAAGAUUCUACCAUUUGUCAGGUGUUGUGGAAUGGUGAUAAUGGGUAUGAGAUUGGUGAAGGGUUGGAGAAGCAUACUGUGCUACUCGACAGGAUGCAAUGCACUUGCAGGAUAUGGGGGUUACGUGGCAUUCCUUGCCAACAUGCAAUUGCAGCAAUGUACCAUUCAAAGAUGAAUCCGGAGAGUAAGAUUGCACAUUGGUAUCACAAAGACACAUACGAAAACUCUUAUGUACACACAAUUCAGCCUGUUCCAGGGGUGAAGUUCUACAAGAUAAAGGCCCAUGCUCCUAUUGAGCCUCCCGCAGUUGAGAAAAAAAUUGGAAGGCCUAAGAAAGUCAGGGUGAGGGCUAGCAAUGAAUCAAGGCAGAAGGCUCACAAGCUUUCUAGGAUUGGGCAACCUGGCAUGCCAUCUGCAAGAGUUGUGUCACUGGGGGAUGUUUCAACUCAAGAGAGCUCGGAUCCAGGUGUUAGAUUUCCAAUUCCAGAUGAAAGGGAGUGCAAGAGAAAAUACAAAGACAUAGGCAAGAACAAGUCUACGAAGCUGCCUUUUAAGCCACCGGGGCUCAGAUGGAAAGGCAAGAACAGUGUCACUGCCGCUGCUUUGGUCGAUGAAGCGGUUGCUAAGAGAACAAGGCUGUCAAAGGCUAAAUCAUCACAAAGCUCUGGCAUUUCUAAUGUCUAUGACUAA